AUGCAUCUCCUCGACGAUCUAAUGAUCCGAUCCAAUACCAAGAAUGCUUCUCGUGCUCCCCGUGCAUCGGCUGCAGGUACACCCGCGAUCGGAAUCGGCGCCGCCGGAAUUGAAGGCGCUAUGAAUGGUUUUAGUCAAAUGAGCAUCAGCGCCAUUAAAUCCCCACACCGCGUUCCUCCCGGAAUGUCCUCUUCAGGAAGAAGGUCCAGACCAGGACUGAAUCUCGGGACCAUAGUUGGUGCUGGUCCUGGCGGAGGGGGUGCUGGGAUUGACGUUUUCACUAGCGAUCCGUCUGGGGCUCUUAAUUUUGGUGGGAAGGCUGUGUUGCAUUCCAGUGGUGAGCUCGGACGAGGCAAUUACGGUGCUGUGAAGAAGGUUCUCCAUAUCCCCACAAACGUCACGAUGGCUAUGAAGGAGAUACGGCUUGAACUCGACGAAUCAAAACUCAAUGCUAUUCUCAUGGAGCUGGACAUCCUACAUAGGGCAGUAGCUCCAGAGAUAGUCGAGUUUUAUGGAGCCUUCUUCAUUGAGUCGUGCGUUUACUACUGCAUGGAAUACAUGGAUGCAGGGAGCUUGGAGCAGCUCCAUCAUGGGGGAAUUCCGGAACUGGUAAUUGCUCGCAUAACGCAGUCGAUGGUAAGAGGCUUGAAGUUUUUAAAGGAUGAACUACAAGUCAUGCACCGAGAUGUAAAACCCACUAAUGUUCUAGUAAACAAGAAAGGGGAAGUCAAGCUUUGUGACUUCGGGGUUUCGGGUCAGCUUGAGAAGAGUCUCGCAAAGACAAACAUUGGUUGCCAAAGCUACAUGGCGCCUGAGCGGAUACACGGGGAAUCCCAAAACAAUUUAGGGACAUAUACCGUCGCGUCGGAUGUAUGGUCUCUUGGCCUGUCCGUUGUCGAGUUGGCCAUGGGGCAAUACCCAUAUCCACCGGAAACCUAUUCGAACGUUUUUGCACAGCUCACUGCUAUUGUCCACGGUGACCCCCCUGAGCUUCCUGAGCAAUUUUCUGAGAUGGCCCAGAAUUUUGUAUCCAGAUGUCUAAUGAAGGAACCUACGAAGCGAGCGACUUACGCGGAGCUUCUUGAAGAUCCUUUCCUCACGGACGAUCGAACGAGAGAACUGGAUAUGGUCGCUUGGGUAACGAAAGCCAUCGCUGACCGUGACGCUAGACGAGAAGCUGCCCGCGCUGCACAAAAUUCGUCAUUGCCAAACCCCAGUGCUCCACCCGACCCGGCCGCCUAA